UGGUGGUGGUUGGAUGGUUGGCGACACUGGGUUGUGACUGAGGCCAAGAUGGACGGAAGUGGAGUAGAGUCCGGAAGUGAUCUGGAUUUGGAGGAUGUAGAUGGCGGGGGAAAUGAAAGAAACAAAAGUAGUAAGUGGACUUUAGUAGAAAAACGGAAAAGAAGGAAAGAUUGGAGUCAAACAUCAGGAACAGAAAGUGAGAGAGAAUGUCAUCAGAUGAGAACAAGAAAGGAGGAGUUUAAGGUUUAAUUGGUGAAGUGGAUAAUGGGCUGUAGUUGAGAUCCAGGCAUGGCAUCAUGACUGAGGAGCUGUUCAGAAACAAGCUGUCCAUGAAGGUGGCUGCUUUGCACUUUGUGGACUUGCCACUGUCAGUCUAUUACUCCCUUCCACAGGUGAGUCUGAGCACCGGCACCAAGAAGCUCUUUGCCGCCACUGCCUUCGGCGCGGUCUCCCUCAUCUACCUCGCCCGGCGCUUCAGGAGGAGGAAGGGCAAGAAAAAAGCCAGUUUGCCUGUAGAGCAGGAAACAUUUGAGUUCCUCACCACUGUCCCCCUGAAAAAAGAGUCUGAGUGUCAAAAUCUGCCUCUGAACUCAAAGAACUGCUACUCGUGUAAUGUUGUGUCCAAUAGUAGUCCGUUCAGCAAGCUUACCAGCUCCCUGCCGAGCCUGGCCUCCGUGAGGAGCAGGCACUCCUCCAGUAGCUCCACCUGUGCUAAUGGCUCCAGUUGUUGGGAUGGGGCAGGAGAUGACGGUGAAGUCUGUAACCUGCUCAACAUCCCCGUCACCACUCCAGAGAACCUCUACCUGAUGGGAAUGGAGUUGUUCGAGGAGGCCCUGCGGCGCUGGGAACAGGCGCUAACGUUCCGCAGCAGGCAAGCGGAAGAUGAUGAAAACUGUGCAUCCGUGAAGCUGGGAGCUGGAGAUGCCAUUGCAGAAGAAAGCAUGGAGGACAUCAUCAGUGUAGAAUUCAUUCGGAAGCUGGAGUCCCUGCUACAGAGAGCCUAUCGGCUCCAGGAGGAGUUUGAGGGAGCACUGGGAAUGACAGACCCUUCAACACGUCCUAGUAACGAUAAGCACAUGGAUCUCGCCGUGCGGGAGGACUUGGAGGACACCUGUCUGAGAGAUUCAAUCAGCAUCGCCUCAACAGAUUCCUUCGUCUCUGCCGCAGAGUUAUCUGAGCACAGAGAGAUGAGGAGUGCCCAUGCGCUGGGGUCACUGUGUCAUCACCCCUUCUAUGAGGAUGCCCUGCAGAUGGCCGAGGAAGGGAAGAUCUCCUGUCGAGUGCUACGAACUGAAGUGCUGGAAUGUCUUGGAGACACUGAUUUCCUGGCAAAGCUGCACUGUGUACGGCAGGCGUGUCAGGUCAUCUUAUGUGAAAGAGCAACUAGAGCAUUUCUGGCUGACACAGGAAAGAGGAUAUUAUCUUCAAUAAUUGUUAAAGCAAGGAAGAGCCCAAAGAGAUUUGAGGAGGUGUUUGAAGAAAUGAUUUGCUUUCUGGAGCAAACGGAACAUUGGGAGAACACAGAAAUGGAGCUUUCUGCAAGAGGGGUUAAACACCUGGACUUCUAUGAUAUUGUUCUUGACUUCAUCCUUAUGGACUCAUUUGAGGAUCUUGAGAAUCCACCUAUCUCUAUUCAAAAUGUAGUCAACAAUCGUUGGCUCAACAACUCCUUCAAAGAGACGGCCGUUGCAUCAAGUUGUUGGUCUGUUCUGAAGCAGAAGAGGCAAAAUAUGAAGGUUCAAGAUGGCUUCAUUGCGCAUUUCUAUGCAGUGUGUGAACACAUAAGUCCUGUCUUGGCCUGGGGGUUUCUAGGCCCUAAAAGUUCCCUGCACGAUUUCUGCUGCUUCUUCAAGGAACAGGUGCUGUUCUUCAUGAAGGACAUUUUCGAUCUGGAUAAAGUGCGUUACUCUAGUCUGGACACUCUGGCUGAGGACAUCUUGCACCUGCUUCACAGACGUUCUGAACUGCUUCUUGCCUAUCUAGGCACUGACAUGAUCCGUCACCUAAAUGGUUGUAGUGGCACACCUUUGCACCUGCUACCCAGUGCUUUGCUGGAAGCACAGGUUCAGUGAGCUACAUCUGUAUCAUCCACAUUUUCAUGGAUGUUUAACUCAUUGCCUACAGCUGCUAAGUCGACUGCACAUCAUGACUCUUGUCUUCCAAGUCAUUAUUAGUGCCAUGUUAAUGCAGUAUAGAGUUUGUGUAGUGAUUAAAAUGAAGCGGGUAAGAAGGGGCAGAGAUGUAUUUUAUAGGCCUUUCAUGUGGUGUUCCAGUAGCUUUAAUUUUUUACUUUUAAUGAUUUGCACAACAAAUGAUUGGAGUUUUUGGGUCCUUUAUGUUUUGAGAUUUGAAAGAUUUCACUCUGUAUUUUCAUAGUUCUGAAACAAGGAUGUUAUUCAUAAGAUUGUCAUAUGUAGGUCAAUUAAGAGUCUCCAAACCUUUUAUGGCAAUUAAUGUUCAACACUGGCCAUGAGUUCAGUUUAGACUUCCCUACUCUUAAUGAUGCCAUGAGAAUUACGUGGAACAGCUGGCUGUUAUGAAUUUAAGUCAUUACAUAACUUAAAAAUAGUACAUGUAUUGUGACGAAGUUCAAACAUUUGAUGUAUUCUGUAAUAUGUGGAUUUGAGGCUGUAUUGUUCAUAACAUGUUAAGCCAGUAUACAUUAGUUGAACACUGAAAUCACUAAAUGAAAAAUAAAAACCUCAAAGCCAAUUUUAAUGAUUAGUUUUAUUGAUGACAAUGGCAACAAUCUAACAUUUCAGACCAACAAUUCUCAACAAAAAUCAAAAGUACAUUCAACAACUUUAACAGUUCAUGUUAGUUUUACCUCAAAGGCAUGCUCCAAAUUUCUCAGAUAGCCUCCGAUUUUCUCUUCGUUUUUAGACCCCCACGAAUUCUGUUGUGAACAAUUUGCUCAAAAAGGAAACAUCUUGCAUGCAUACAAAACGAUAUGCAGCAAUGGAUAAAGACUAGGUUUAAAGAAACUGUUUAACAAACAAAAACCAGCCUGGCAAAUGUCUACUAAAAAGAAAGAAAAAAAAAAGUUCCUGGUCAUGGUCCACCUGUACAGCAUUGAUGCACAUAAAAUCCCUACACUUAUCAACAAAAGGCAAAGAAUGUACUCAAAACAUUUCAUAGAACCAUUAGUCAACCAAUAAUACAGAGGCAUAUGGCUACAUUUCUAUAAUCAAAACUAACUGGCAUCACCCUAAACUAACAGUAACAUUGACUUUGCAAUGACAGAUUCCUCAUGAUAUUUUUACCUUAUAACUGGAGCCCUUUGAACGGUCUACGUUCAGCGGAGGGACAGAUUCAAAGGAGUCCUCCUUACGGACAAACUAGCUCAGGACCUGAUUCUACGAACUACGCCUGCAGCAUCUUCAACACUGUGAGUGAGAAUGAAGGCAGCAAUGUGGGACAAACAUUAGCACUACAGAGGGGCAACAAGAAAGCUUGCAAACCAAUGAAACAUGAGCAUACAUGGUAUACGUCAGUUAUCAGUGAGUGCAUUAAUAGGGCUAACUCUGGAUCAUUUCGCAUCUGCAUGCAUGGUGUAAGAGUAGAACAGAACCACACUAAACAGACUUACCAGGAAGCUAACAAAUGAGCAAAUCAAAAUCACAUUUGUUUCAAUUAGGACAAAAAAAACAGCAUAAUUCUAGUUAGAUUUCAACAGAGGAAAACAUUUGUGAACUACAGGUCAAGGCCAUGCAAUUCAUAUGGACAAAAAAAAAUGCAUACUUCCAAGAAAUCUUAAUUCUGACGUUUGUGACGAACGUCAGUCUAUCUACUACGAGAGACAUCCUUCAUUUAAACAGCGGCACAAAUCGACCUCAGUUUCAAAGGUGAAAAGCAUUACACUAGAUCACAGGUUCAAUCGUUUUGAUUUCUUAGGAUACUCUUACCUGUGUUAUUGCUGCAGAACCUAAGGUGCAAGGUCAGGGAUGACACUGCAAGAUUAGACAUUGCACUGCUCACUAAUGAACAGUCGAGAAAAAAAAAAAAAAAAACGCAUCAAAUCGAUAGCCUCAAUGACCUUAAUCACAAACAGGUCAGGCACAGAUUUAGAAAUAGGACAUUAAUACUAAUUAACAUUUGAAAGAGGCCAUUUGCUGACGGUCUUUAUGGGCUAUGCAGUAUAAAACACUUGUCAAAUCACAAAAAGACAAUUUACAUGUCUAGUCAAUGUUAAACCACACAUUCGCAGAUGGAAAAAGUUGCUGUUUCUACAGACGGACUGACUCGAACACAGUGGUACAGUUCAGUUUCAUAUGAGAAGUCUGAGAGACACGUCCUAAAUGACUAAAGCAGUGUCAACAUGGCAAUGUCUCAAUUUGUAAAUAUCACAUAAUGCUGUUAUGGCAAAAAAUAACAGUCCAAUGUGAAAAAGGGUCAGGUCAUUAUUAUCUUGAACAUGUCAAAUCAAAAUUACAGCCCUGACAUACUUACCCAAAAAAGGGCAACAUUUAGAGAUUUAUAUACAUUGCGUUUCAUUCAGUCAAAGACAAUGCAUUGACAGCAAAAAAAACAAAUUGGGCCGCAAAAUCAUGUACAUUUUGUACUUACAGUGGAGAGCUCAUUUCACUGGUGUAGGAAGCCAGAGUCUCCAAAAACCUAUAGGCCUAUAUUGGAGGAAUGCUAACAGACAAUGGGCAGAAAAAAAAAGUAGUCCAUGUUCGCAUUCGAGCCUUUUUAAUCGUAUCAGAAUGUUUUUAAUAAUGCCAGCAAUAUUGAUAGAAAUAUAUACACAAUUUGUAGGUUUUAGACAUGUAAAAUAUAGGAUGGGGACAAGUAAUUUCGCAAGACAUAACUGUUGAUCAGAACACUUGACCUGCCCUGUAAAAAAGCAGCAAACUUGGGAGAACAAACUAAAAUACUUGCAGCAUGAUUGCAGUCACAAUAUAAAAAGGAACAGUUUAUGUAAAGACGCAUACUUCUUACCGCCUUCCUAAUCUCGCCUGUGAGGGAGGAAAUGUCUCUCAUUAACAGUGCACACUACCUCAACAAACCAGGUAAAAUGCAGUACAAGAAUGAGCAACACUACAGCACUGAAGAGUUAUUGCAUGAAUCACAUACCUUGCCAACAUCAAGCCACCUUGCCUUAGAUAACCUGCCUACACCUACAUCCACAGCAAUGACCAGUAAAAAAAAAAAAU